UUUCUGAAGUUUCUGAAAGGGGCGGAGUUCACAUUCCCCUUUACUAUGGCAGCGUGGGGGUGUCAUUUGGCAACACACAAUGAGGGCCGCCAAUAACUGACAGUGUGGACGACAUUCCAAUGGAUCACUAGCUUCUGACGCGUCUGCUGGGUGAUUAAACUGCAGCCAUGGUGCAGGAAUACCACAGUCCUGUUCGAGUCUACAAGCAUCCCUUUGAGUUAAUCAUGGCCGCUUACGAGAGGAGGUUCCCAAAGUGUCCGUUGAUCCCCGUGUUCAUAGACAGCGUGAUCGUCAAUCAGAGCCAAAGUCAAGACGGAGCCACGCAGGUGAUCGAGAGGCGCUGCACGAUCGACAUUGACGCACCUCGACUCCUCAAACGGAUCGCUGGUGUAGACUACCUGUACUUCAUCCAGAAGAACACUCUGAACCGCAGAGACCGGACGCUCCUCAUUGAAAUCCAAAACGAGACCUUUUCCAACAGGGUCAUUGCCCGCGAGUUCUGCAAAUACACGGUGCAUCCCGAGGAAGAAGACUGGACCUGCUAUGAACAGACUGCUAGUCUAGAUGUUACGUCCUUUUUUGGUUUUGAAGGCAUGGCGGAGAAGAUAGCAAUGAGACAGUAUUCCAAUAGCAUCGAGAUGGGGAAAGAAAUCAUCCAGUACCAUCUGACAGAGCUGGAGAAAGAGGGGAUCACGUAUGUGCCUCGCUGGGCUUCACCCGCGCCCACGCAGACGGUCCUGGCAGACUCUGACCAGGUCAUGCUCCCUGCCAACGACCCGGACCAUCCGACGUCGCCCUGCCCUCCUGAUGCUCAAGAACCAUAUUUGGUUAGCAUGCGGUUAGAGCCGGACCUUCUGGAACGGAAUCAUGACGCUAGCCAAGACCGAUUGGACGCCGAGUACAUCAGACGUUACCUUGGUGAUCUAACGCCUUUGCAGGAAAGCUGCCUUAUUCGACUGAGGCAGUGUCUCCAGGAAACCCACAAGGGCAAGGUUCCCAAUGAUCAGCAUCUGCUGCGCUUUCUGACAGCCAGUAAUUUUAACUUUGACAAAGCUCGGGAGAUUCUGUACCGCUCGCUCACCUGGAGGAAGCAGAACCAAGUGGACGUCCUGUUGGACUCCUGGCAGCGCCCUCGACUUCUCCAGGACUUCUUCGUCGGAACCUGGCACCACCAUGACAGAGAUGGACGGCCGCUGUACGUCCUGCGUUUGGGUCACAUGGACACAAAGGGGCUGAUGCAAGCCCUGACGGAGGAGGUGCUGCUCAAACAGAUUGUUUCCGUCAACGAAGAGGGAUUGAGGCGCUGUGAGGAAAACACCACCGUCUUCGGUCGUCCAAUCAGUUGCUGGACCUGCCUGGUGGACCUGGAGGGUCUGAACAUGCGUCACCUGUGGAGACCUGGACUCAAGUUUCUGCUGAGAAUCAUCGACAUGGUGGAGGCCAACUACCCUGACACGUUGGCCCGCUUGCUCAUGCUGAGGGCACCACGGGUGUUCCCUUUGCUCUGGACCAUGGUCAGCCCUCUGAUCAAUGAAAACACUCGUAAGAAGUUCAUUGUUUAUGCUGCAAACGACUUCUGGGGCCCCGAAGGCCUGCUGGACUACAUCGACCGGGCCGUCAUCCCAGACUUUUUGGGUGGGGACUGCAGGUGCGCCAUCCCCGAGGGGGGUGUAGUGCCCAAGUCCCUGUACAGGACGGGGGAGGAGCUGAGCCGUGAAAACAGCCAAUCGUUGACAGACUCCGUGUAUGAGAGUGCCAGCGUUUUCCGGGGAGCUCCACAUGAGAUUUUAAUCCAGAUCAAAGAAGAAUCCUCCGUCAUUACCUGGGACUUUGACGUGACUAAAGGAGACGUGCUCUUCAGCAUCUACCAUUCCAAAAGGGCAACGGGGCCCCCACAGAAAGAGGCGGCGGGACAUGGUCUUGCAUCCUCAGGGACCUCCCAGCUGCUGGACAGGAGCUCGGUGUUGGACCAGGACUACAGCCUCGUGGAGGGUGCGCUCACCUGCAGCGAGGGUGCAAGUGUACAGGGCUCUCACAUCACAAGCUGGCCCGGGUACUACAUCCUCCAGUGGUCCUCAGUGGAUGACAUGCUGGCCUCCGUGCAGGUCCCGCCCCCCAGGUGUAAAAUCCUGUACUACACCGAGGUGCUGGCAUCUCCAAACAUCAGGGGAUCAUUGACCAGUCUGGCGUCCAAUCAUAGUGGUUUGUCCCAGCUCAGUUCUUGCACUACUUUUUCUUGCCAAUCAUCUCCGCAGUCUCAAGAUAGCUUCAGAUCAGCAGACGACGCUGACUUCAAAGACACCGGAUCGGACACGCCGUGCCGUCCGUAGUCGGAUUAGCAAGUAGCCCAAUGAAACAUUAGACUGUCUGCUGUGAUUUGCUGAGUCAGAAAUGAUAUUUAACAUUGACAUGGGCAGUCACUGGCAUUGCUGCAGUUUCCCUGACUGUCCAC